AUGCCUGAACAAAGCAAUGAUUACAGGGUGGUUGUGUUUGGAGCAGCAGGGGUUGGCAAAAGCUCCCUAGUCGUUCGUUUUGUAAGGGGAACUUUCAGGGAAGCCUACAUCCCCACAAUUGAAGAUACCUACCGGCAGGUAAUCAGUUGUGAUAAGAGCGUCUGCACCCUUCAGAUUACCGACACCACAGGAAGCCAUCAGUUCCCUGCUAUGCAGAGACUGUCUAUAUCCAAAGGACAUGCUUUCAUCUUGGUGUACUCUGUCACCAGCAGGCAGUCCAUGGAAGAACUUCAGCCGAUCUAUGAACAGAUAUGUCAGAUUAAAGGGGAUAUCCAAAAAAUCCCCAUAAUGUUAGUUGGUAACAAAAGUGAUGAGAGCCAGAGGGAGCUAGAUGCCAUUGAGGGGGAGGCAUUAGCUAACAGGUGGAAGUGUUCCUUCAUGGAGACAUCAGCCAAAAUGAACUACAAUGUACAGGAGCUCUUCCAGGAGCUCUUGAAUCUUGAGAAGAGAAGAACUGUCAGUCUUCAAGUGGAUGGAAAGAAAUCCAAGCAGCAGCAGAAGAAAGAUAAACUGAAAGGCAAGUGCUCUGUUAUGUGA